GUUCUGCCAAUGCAAAAGUUUCUAAAUGAAAAUUGUUACACUAUAGAUUGAAGAAGAAAUACAUUAGGAAAACAGAGAUGCACAGUGUGCGCCAACAACUGUUCACUGCCUUCUGUCUACUGCCUUGGUUAGUACUUGCUUCAAGGGAACCAAAGAAGGGCUUGAAUAUUGAUGUGACUUAUGGAGGCAACGAAUUAAUAGGCCAGUUGGCUGGUGCGCCGUUGUCAGGACUUUUGCCAGUAUCGUUGCCAGUACCCUAUGUGGAUAUUCGACCAAAUGAGUUGGAAAGUGUGAAUCGAUUCGCUGAGAUAGCGCUGGAAAAUGAGGCCGUUAACCCAGUUAUGCAUGAUGAAUACUAUCGGGUGCUCAAGGAUUUGGGUGAACUUACGCCAGAAGAACUCUUAUCGGAUUUAAUUGCCCAAAACAACACACUAGAGGCCUUAAAAGCUGAGCUUGGCGCAGAGGAGCGCAUUGCACGCAUGGAGCUCUCUGGACGUACAGUAACUCCGCAAGUAUCACUACCAGUGUCUUACCCCGUCUCUAUUAACCCAAGUACUAUGCCAAGUUACUUUUGACACAUAAAACAUCGCAUUAGGGACGAACAC